AUGCGGCGUUGGGCAACGGGCGGUCGCGCGCAGGGGUGCUGCAGGGCCGCCCAGCACCUCCAGGCCCGGGGCCGCCUCAGCCCGGUGGCGGCUUGCCUGCGGCGGAGGCGGUGCUGUGCUGCAAGCCGCCGCGCUGUCACCCGCAGAUGGGGAGCGGGGCCCGGGUGCGUCGCGCUGGCCCUGUUGGUGCUGCCGGGAUAUCUUGUAGGUUUUUUCCAGUCAUAUGCCGUGGAAGUAGAUGUAAAGGAUGCCUCUAAUGUUACGUGCCUGUAUGCAAAAUGGAUGAUGAGUUUCUUGAUAAAUUAUGAAACAAACAGCAGCGAUUAUAAAAACACAACUUUGAAUCUGUCUCCUAACGUGACACACAAUGGAAGCAUCUGUGGCAAUGACACACAAGCUGCACUUGUGGCGGUACAGUUUGGAGAAGGACACUCUUGGAGCAUUAACUUUACAAAAACCAACGAAACUUACCAGGGGGACUCCAUCACGUUUACCUACAACACGAAUGACACCGCUGUAUUUCCUGACGCUAGAAGAAAAGGACCAGUUACCAUUGUUGUAAAGGAUGCUAUGCGACCAGUUCAACUGAAUAACGUCUUUGUGUGUCAUAAUGCUGACUUUCUUGAAGCAGAAAAUGUAACACAGAUUUUCUGGAAUGUUACUGUGCAGGCUUUUGUUCAGAAUGGCACAAUCAGUAAAAAAGAGUCUAGAUGUGCUGCGGAUAUGCCUACUUCUGCACCUACUAUUCUGCCUACUACUGCUUCUACCACCACUUUAUCACCUGGUCCAACCACCACUCCCAAGCCUGUGGAGAAUCCAGAGACCGGAAACUACUCUCUUAAAAGUGGAAAUAAAACUUGUCUUCUGGCUACUGUGGGGCUGCAGCUGAAUGUUUCCCAGGACAAGCCUCUUCUGAUCAACAUCAAUCCAAAAACAACUGUUGCAGAUGGUACAUGUGGUAACACAACAGCUACUCUGAAACUGAAUGAUGGAAAUAGCACAUUGAUUGGUUUCACAUUUGUAGUUAAAAAUGCAAGUGGAGGUGGACAAAAAUUUUACCUGAAAGAAGUGAAUGUUACACUGCUCAACCAUCUGAAUGGUUCUGUCAUUUCACAUGCAGAUAACAACAAUUUCAGCAAUUGGGAUGCUUUCCUUGGCAGUUCGUACAUGUGCCGGAAAGAGCAAACUCUUGAGAUUAAUGAAGAAUUUCAAAUAAAUACUUUCAAUCUCUGGGUUCAGCCAUUCCUUGUAAAAGAGAAUAAGUUCUCUGCAGCUGAAGAAUGCUUUGCUGAUUCUGACCUGAACUUUCUUAUUCCAAUCGUAGUGGGCAUGGCACUUGGCUUCCUUAUCAUUCUUGUCUUUAUAUCUUACAUCAUUGGAAGAAGAAAAAGUCGUACUGGCUAUCAAUCUGUAUAAUCUCUUAAUUCCAUCUCUGUUGCCACCUUUCCUGCUCUUCUCCUUUUCCCAGAUUCCCUGACAUGCUCCUUAUAAAAGAAGAAAUAAAAAUUGAUUCAUAUUUUCUUCACUUAAAAAAACCAAACAAACAGCAAAACAUGACAGGGGAACAUGCCAUGAGCCUGAAGAUGAGUUGCAGAAUCAUUUGAAGCUGCUGUAUGCUUUGGGAGAAAGUAGGUGUUCUGAGGACCAGGUCGAUGUGUGUCCAUGUGAGAAAUGUGAUUAUUUUGAGUAAAGAAAACAAACUUUGUUGUUUAAUGUUUUUAUACAAGAAAAUUUCUAGCUGUGUCCAUCUUGGAGAGUGCUAAAGCUAAAACCACAACUAAAGGUGUGGCUGCUAUGUCGAAAGGGACUGUACCUGCUGUGGGAAAACAAACACCAAAUUAUUUCCGGGCUUCCACUGGCAACUUGGCGUAUGGCUGUUGACUUUUUCCAUUAGCAGCUUGUUCUUGUGAAUCCGUCUGAAUUUCCUGUUCUUUCUGGAUGUAAAGGUAGUACCUGAUUUCACCAAUAAACUAACAUAAUACAAGAAGAACAUCCCAUUCUUCCAGUAAGUUAAUCAGUAUGGAGGAGUUGACUGCUAAUGUAUGUUAAACAGCUUUGCUUUGUCUGUCAUGUCUUUAUUCAUUAAGAUAAGGCCGAGUCCUAGGGAGCUUUCACUACUCAGAAAAGGCAACAGUCUGCUAAAGGAAAUGUCCUGUGCUUUUUUGUUUGUCUGUGUUUUCUCUUUUGUUCGGAGCUCAAUUGUGAAAUGAGGGCGGGAGGUUGUAGUUUCACCAGCUGUAGUUUGUCUCAGCUUUGAUUCUGGGCACAUAAAAGAAACUACACAGCCUUUCAGCACUGGCCCGUGUGAGGCUCAAGAGUAUUUUGAGAGCCCUCAAAAACUCUUAGAACACAGGUUGUUCAGUGACUCCUGCAGUUCCUUUGGAUGUUUUUU